ACGCCGUCGGCCGGACUACAUUUUCAUUCGCCCUCAUGUCACGGACACAGCUAGAUCGACAUUUUUCUGCUCUGUGGGAACCACCAGUGUGAUGGAAUAGUUGUGGCCUAACGGCUUCGCACCGCAAGGUGCCAGCACCUUCAAUCAUCAAAAUGGAGUUUUCAGGCUUUAACGCCUCUUUGCCCGCCCGCGCAUCGGCAAGACAAAACCUUGUGGACCAUUCUCAUCAGACCAGUACAUCGACUCAUUCAUUCAAAUCGGGAGCCCUCACUGCAAAGCAUGGACGCCAAUUGGGAUAUCGAUUCGGUUGUGGAGCUCUGCUGCUCCAAGCUCAUCCAAGAUGGUGGGCUUCACGCAUUUGAAGAUGCAGGCAACCUAGACUGGCUGGACGAGAAGGUGGACUUGUCCGCCUGGACCCAGCUGGACUUCCCGGAUGACCUGCCCCCAGUGAUGUUGGAGGCCAGCGACUUCCAGGCGGCUUUCCAACCUGAUCAGUCCAGCAACUGCGGCUUGGCCCCCAAGGCUGACGGUCAUUGGGAGAGCCCAGCCGCAUCCCCCUAUUCUCCCGACUUCCUGUCCCCUCCCGUUUCGCCUACUCACUCUCCCCCGACGCCCACUGCAGUCGUCCCAAACGUCGACAUCUUCAUCAACUUCGACAGCCACAACCUCCACAGUGGAGCGAGCAUUCCAAGCCGGACUGCGGGCACCAAUGCAGCUUCGGGCACAAGUUCACUCUCGCCUCCGCCAACUCCGUCACACUUGGAUGUCCCGCCUGCAUCAUCGGUGGUAGAAGUUCCGUAUGCUAUUGCAUCGGCUCCAGCUUCACCAUCGUACUUUGCAGCCUACUGCAGUCGGGCUGGGUCACCAGUUGAAAUUUCGGAGACUUUUGUUGAGCCGGCAGUGUCACCUGCUCAAUCAGUAGAUGAAAUACUUGACGACAUAAAAUCGGAGCCGACGUCACCAUCAUACCUCUCAGAGAGCCAGGUGGCAUCUCCAAUCGAGUGCAUUGUAUCUGUUGACCCUGUGAGCUCGCCACUUCCAAGCACAAGCACUUCAAGUUUCCCGGGCGCUGGCAACAUCGAUCUUGUUUCGCCAAUCGAGCCAAGCUCGCCAGCAAGUUGCCACUCCGUGCCAUUGCCUGGCCAAGACCAGUUUGCCAAAAGCUCUUCACCGUGUGGAAGCCCAGACCGUGAAGAUGAGGGGUGCGAUGACGACGAUCCUAUGGACGAUGACUUCACACCCGAGGUCAACAGGUCCGAUUCGGAGUCUGCGCUCGACUCGGUGUCGGGGAGUGAGGAGCCACCUCGCAAGAAAAAGCGAGCGGUCAAACGCCGGCCCCGGGCCAAGGCAGACGUGAGCAGCCGCAAGGAAAGGAAGCGUCUCCAGAACAAGGAUGCGGCAACACGCUACCGGCAAAAGAAGAAGAAAGAGUUUGGCAAGAUUGAAGAAGAGUUCGACAAGCUUGCGGCGACGAAUGCCAGCCUUCAGUCGGAGGCACAGCGUAUCACAAAUGAAAUUUCCUAUCUCAAAGGCCUGAUGCGAGAGCUUUUCAGAGCAAAAGGGCUGAUAAAGUAGGGUUGUGUAAAUCUGUACUUAAAUGGCACCUGAAGUGUGUUUAUUUACAAAGCUCACUGAAUUACGUUUGGCAUGAACACCAAAGUAAGAUGGCAGGUAGCACUGAAGGUCUCACAUAAUGUUGGUUUCUGCUAGUUGUAGCUGGCCGCUAGUGCACUUGCUAGCAGUGUUCAGUUGAGGCACACAACUGUUACGUCAAUGAUUAUCUUGCGAUUGAGAGAAGAUUGGCCAUGACAAGUGACAAAAGAAUUGUGUAGAAUGUGGCAGCUCUUGGAGAAAUAUGGCAAGGUCAAUAUCUGAUGCUAAUGCAAGUCUAUGGCUGCUUUUUGUGGCUGUUCACGUGUUGUAGUUGAUCAGGUAGGCUCGCACUGUACGAGCUCUUGUCACAACCUUCCAGAUGUGUUGUUUGUGGCUUUGACGUGGUAGAUGAAGUUGUACGUUUGUGUUUUGAAUGUUGGGCAACGUAUAACUUCUUUUUUACAUACACCACCCUGCAUAUUAUUUUGUGCAUUUCAUUCCCGUCUUUUUUUCUCAGGAUGUCUAUUUAUGUACCCACCCCGUGAUGACCAUGCUAUAUGCAUAAAUGAAAUAAAGGCAUGCACUUCAAUA